AUGACAAUUGCGGUCCUAACCCGACCAUCGAUGAUUUCACCGGUAAAUGUAUUACUCUCUUCAAUAGCAAUUUGUGAUGUAUUGGUUAUGGCAUCAUAUUUAAUAUUCGUGACGCAUUUUUUGAUCAAUGCCGCUAAUCGUUGCUUACAUACCGAUUAUAGCUACCCGUGGACAAUUUUCACGUUAAUUCAUGCUCAUGCAUCCGUCAUUUUACAUUCUACAAGUAUAUGGCUUACUGUAUUGCUAGCUCAAAUACGUGUCUUAACAAUCCGACGUUCUACGCUGCAUCCGUCAACGACCGUUACAAUACGUUUUACUGUUUUGCUCAGUUUAGCGACAUGUUUCAUCAUGUCGCUAUUCAAUCUUCCCAAUUUUUUAACUUUUAAAGUUGUUAGAACAUCACCAGAGUUAUUUCUUCCAUGCUUAGUUAAAUAUUCCGAGAAGAAUUCAUCAUUAUCACUAUCAAUUGAUAACGAUUAUUACACUGAACAGAGUUCAGACUCACAAUAUGAUGAUGAAUAUCCGGUUUAUAUGCUUGUCGCAUCACAAGGCAAUUGUAUGAAGCUCAAGUUAGCGUUCUGGUCAAAUGGUAUACUUUUUAAAGUGGUACCAUGUUUAUUAUUGACUGCAUCAAUUAUUAUACUACUCAAAGUGAUUGCCGAUUUAUCACAUCAAAGGCGAACUCUUGCACAGUUGAUGAAAAGAAAAGUACCGAAAGAUCGUACAACACCGAUGCUUGUCGCUGUUUUAUCAAUAUUUCUUAUCACAGAGUUACCGCAAGGUGUUAUGAAUGUUUUGACAGGCAUUUUCACUGGUGAUACUUUCCAUCAAAAAGUUUACUUACCCUUAGGUGAUUUCAUGGAUCUUUUAUCAUUAAUCAAUUCAGCUGUUAAUUUUCUUAUAUAUUGCAUUAUGAAUAAACGGUUUCGCGUUACGUUCCUUCAGUUAUUUUGCAGUUUUUUUGCAAAUCGAAAGCUUUUAAGAGUAGCAGGAGAUUACAGUCAUGUGGAGUAUGCUUAUGAAUCACCUGGGCAGCGUUGUCGAAGUGCCGAUGUAAGUCGAACGGAGCAGUUUAUGCUAACAUCAAUUCAACACCGACCAAGCACUGGAUCAGUUUUUAACAGCUUAUCAGUGGCACGCGAAGAGCCUUCAAAGAGUCAUAGGAAAUUUACGGGCAAUUUAUUGACUGUUGAAAAUAAUCAAUGUCGAAGGAUGGCUAUUGUGGCCACAAAG